AUCUAGGUUUUGAACUCCCUUUUGCCCUAAUUUUAUUUCUUCGUUUUCGAGUUUUCCCUUCUUAAUUUUUCACGCAAAAUGAUUCAUAAUUACUUGCAUAUUUUCCGAUUAUGUAAUUUGCACUAUUGUAUUUUUCACUUUGCCUAUGAUGAUGUUCUGUAGUUUCCGCCAUUGUCAACUGUAUGUAGUUUGCUGAGUUCCAUUAUUUUGAUGCUAAAGUAAACUUGAUUCCAGUUUUCUUUUUCUUUUUUUUCAUAUAAUUUUGUUCAGUUCAUGUGUGUUGUUUCUUUGAUUCCUUUUAUUUUAAUUUUUCGCGUUUUUGACGAGUUCUUUGUUAUUUUGAUGAACGACGCAAGGCAUUUGGGAUGUAAGCGAAUAUGUAAGAAAAUUACUAGGAAAAAGAAUAUAAGUGUGAAAAGGCAUAAUGUACUAUGAACAAGGACGAUGUAAACGGAGAGCUCUUACAGUCUUACUGAUAGAAAACUAAAGAGCAACAAGUUUGUUAGUCAAUGCACGGAAAAUAAUUGUUUUAUUAUAUUAAUAUUUUUAUUUUAAAUUUCUUGCGUUCCUAAUAUGUACGUGAUCUUUCCCAUUGUUUUAGUGCCCCGUUAACUUGCAACGACUUAUAGUCAAUCUUUCUUCGGAAGUGACAUAUGAACUUCUCGUCAUCCUAUCCAAUUUCACUAUUAUGAUCCCACUCGAGAUUGUAUGAAACAUUCACUUGACUAUGGGUAAUAUGUCAUCCGAUGAGAUAGUACAGAAUAUAUAAAUCGAGGCCCGACUUGGUAUACGCAACUAAUAGUUUCUUUAUCAUUGUACGGUUUGAAUGUAUGUUAUCUGAAACCUGACUGUCAUAGCUACAUGCAUCACGCAUUUCAUGUAUGUAUAAAUGCAUCUCGUUUAUUUGACAGCUCAAUUUGAAGGACUAUAUACAUGUCGUAUGAGUAGGGUUUUUGAAAUGCAUAAUAUGUCGCUCAUCAUAUUUCUGUUCCUACUUCAUAAUCGAAACUAUGUCUUGUCUGAAAUAAUGAUUAUAUGUUAGGAAUGGAGUUCACUUCUAAAGGCCACGAAAAGAAAAUGGACAAAAGAAGGCGUAGUUGGUCGAUGAAGGAAGAGGAAGUGUUGAUCUCUGCAUUGAGAGAUAUCGUAGCCAAAGGCUGGAAAUGUGAAAAUGGUUUCCGAACAGGAUACCUGAGGUUACUCGAACGAGCAAUGUUGAGAUAUUUUCCAAAAACAGACAUUAGAGCCGAGCCUCACAUAAAUUCCAAGAUCCAUGUUUGGAAAAAAUAUCAUGGAUCGUUGGCAUCCAUGUUCGGAGUUAGUGGUAUCGUUUGGAACGAUUCGACCAAAAUGAUUGAUGCUCAAGAUGAUGCGUGGGAUACGUAUGUGCAGAGAGAUACAAACGCCCGCACAAUGAGAUAUAAACCCUGGCCGUUAUACCCCUAUUGGUGUGAAAUAUUCGGCAAAGAUAGAGUUACUGUAGCUACUAGGGAAAUCGCCGAACAUUUCGCUGACGCCGUUCAAGAAAUGGAAACAAAUAAAGGCAAAGAGAAAGAAGCACCGCCGGAAUUCGGUGCCGUCUUUGAAGGACUCGAUGAUGAAAACGAGCUGUCCGUCUGUCAGCCCCAAAGCCACGACGAGACUGAGAAGAAGCAAUCUCGGAAGAAGAGAAAGACGUCGUCAGAGUGCGACUCGGAUCCUUUUGUAGCGGCCAUCAAUAUUUUCUGCGACAAAUUGGACGCGAGGUUUGAAGAUAUCGCCCGAAGAAUUGGGUACGAAUACGAUGUGUCGAACGCUAGGAAAGAAGUGUAUGCUGCACUUGGGAGAGUUCCGGGACUAAGCAUUCCGCAGAAGUUGACCGUGGCGAAGUUUCUCGUGAAUAAAAACGGAGACUUGGAUCUUUUCUUCAGUCUUCCGGAUAAGGAUAGAGUUGAGAUGGUUUAUAUGAUAUUAUCUGGGAAAUAUUGAUUUUCGAUGGUUUACGAGUGAUUGUUACCACUUUUUGGCUCGAAGAUCGGACUUGUACUCUUCGUUUUUUUUGGCAGAUUUGUAUAUUUUAUCUUUGGCUGUCUACUUCAUCACCUGUUUGUUGUAUUAUAUUAGGGUUUUUUAUUAUCGUAAAUUUGUUGAAGAAAUUUCUUCGUUUUGUUUUGGAUGUUCCAGUCGGGAUUGAUUAGCAACUGGCAAGCUCAAGUGUUAGUUACUGGUGUGACUUGUGUUACUAGUUGCUAGAAUUUUCAAUUAUCAUGGUGAGGUAUAAACAUUGCUGAAUGAAUUUGACGAUAAAUCUCCGA